AUGCUCUUCACUGCGAAACAGAGCCUGCUGCCGGCCGACCAUGCUCUGCUCACUGCCCACCCGCCCCCCUACACUCCGGGGCCCUACGCCGCCGCCGCCGCCGCCGACACCGACGCCCCGACAAGCCAGACUCUGCCGACGCUCGUUGAGCUGUGUCUGCGCGCCCUUGUGCCGUACCCGGACGAGAUCGCGCUCCCCGUGCGCCUGCCGCUGCGGCGCCCCCGCCUGCUGCACACGCUGAUCGAUGACCCCGCCGCGCUCGACCCGCGUCUCUGGGCCGUGCUAGUCCAGAUAUACGACGGCCUGCCGGGGUAUCUGGCGCAAUACAGGCUCCCGCUCGCGGACGUGCAUCUGCCGCUCCUGCAGACGAUCCCCAGCACGGCGCACUUCUCCCUCGUGACCGUGCUCAGUCUCCCCGCGUGUGCCCACCUUACAGACGACACCGUGCACAGACUCCGCUUUCUCCACACCCUCGCUGCCCUCGACGCAUCCAGCACCGCCCUCACCGCCUACGCCCUCCACUCCCUCGCAGCCACCCUCCAGCCAGAUCGCAGAGGGCCCUGGCAGCUCCGCAUCCUCUCCCUCCGCAACUGCAAGUGCAUCACCAACGACGCAUUCCCCCACAUCCUCAGGUUCCCCCUUCUCUCCGUGCUCGGCAAGUCUCCAUUUAUUCAUUCAUUGUCUACAGCUAGCUUACAUUGCACAGAUCUCCGGGGCACUCGUUGUCUCCCAGACAAGGCCUUUCCCUUCCACCCACCGUCUCACGAGUACGACGAUCUAUACCACCCCGCCCCACUUGUUUCCGCCCUAGAAUCUCUCUACGACAUACAGCCCAGGCUCUAUUCGUCUGAGCACCCUUUCGUCCUAAAUAUAGACUCCCUAUACCACCGUCCCACCGUCCCCGCCCCCAAAGUCAGUUCUGUUGCUCCUCAGGACGCUUUCGUCGUAGUGCCCCCCAACGCCGCCUCCAUCCGAGUAGGCAAUACCACUGUCCUCCAGAGGGAUAUUCAGGCCAGAGAGGACUCGGAGGCACACCAACGGAACAAAGAGGCUUGGUACGAACGUCAAGAUUACGAAAUCACUAUAAUGUCUGCAAAGCCGCGCCCCGGACGUCGCAACUCGCCUCCAUCAGGCCGUAUCAACCAAUCAGUCUGGAUAGGCGGCAUAACUCCAACACCACCAUCAAGCAAUCUACCACCCACAGCACAAUCUUCUACCAACACUUCCAGAAACACGGCGUCGGGCACACCCACACCCAGACCGAGCACCUCCACCAACGCACGCAGAGUCCUACACCACCCACCGCGCUUCCCAAAUUCGGAAUUUACCUCCGAUCAAACCAAUUUCCAAUCAGAAAGCGUGUCGGGCACUGCCAACGCACGCGGCGCGGAAGCAUCGACCCAUGGCGCGCGUGCGCGCGUGCUCAAGGUCCCGCGCCUGAACAUGCAUGCGCGUGCGAUGUAUGCUUCGAGCUCGAGCUCUUCUGGGUCACGCACAGCGAGUUCGCGCAUCCCGCUCCCGAUGGUGCCCGUUACCUCGCUGGAGCCUAUCAAACCCAAACCCAAGCGCCCCACCGUCGUGUCCACCUCUACUAUCAGCCCCUCCAACACCUUUGACGCAAAACUCAAGUUGUACCGCACGCCGCCCGCAUGGGCGACCCUCGACGAUGCGCUCCAGGAGCAAAAGGCGCAGGCAGAGAAGAGGAAACAGCAGAUGCACGCAGCGGCAACGAGCAGCAGGCGCGAGGUGGCAAUGGUGGAUAUGAGCAGCGCGCGUGCGGCCCGGGUGAAGCGAGAGCUAGACGAGGUCGUGCAAAAGGCGGCGAAGAGAAGGAAAUUGGAGGAUUUGGAGGUUGCGGAGCCUGCGCGUGAAAAGGGUACAAGGGCGUCCAUUGGUAAUGGAGCUGGAAUUGUACCGCCGUUGGUCAAUGAGUCGACGUCUCGCAAUCCGUUUAGAAGGCGACCAUGCACUUCAGCGCCUAGUCAUGUGCCAACAUCCUUACUCUCGUCAAAGUCCGCCUCGUCCAUAUCAUCAAGCCACACACGCGUCGGAGAUCGAGACGAAGAUGCAGGGUAUCUCGAUGAGGAUGAGGACGAGGAAACGGUCUACAUUGGCGGUGGCGAGAAAGAUGAUGAAAUAGAUAACGACUUUAAUGAUGAUACCGACCUCGGAACUACGCCCGGAUCAAGCAAAACAAACUCUAGUACUAAACCUAGUGCAAGGAAGAGCAUAGAUGGCAAAGUACUGACGCCGAUUAUGGAUAUGAAAAUUCCCGUGCUGCCUUCCGAGAUGCGAAAAGAGGCGUUGGCGCGAGAGCGGAAGGAGAGUGGUAGGAGCGCGGGGAUCGCUAAAAGCAAACCCCAGGGAAAGAACGCGAGCAAGACAGGACGCAAGUCUGAAGGAGGGUUUGACUGGAAAACAUGGGGGGGUGCUGGCAAGUAA